AUGGGACGCCCCCCACCCUGUGCAACCCAGACGUGGAUCCUUCUGUUUCUGCUGAUGGGAGCGUGGGCAGGACUCACCAGAGCUCAGGGAUCCAAGGUCCUGGAGGGUCAGGAGUGUGAACCCCACUCCCAGCCUUGGCAGACAGCCUUGUUCCAGGGCCCGAGACUGGUCUGCGGGGGUGUCCUGGUAGGAGACAACUGGGUCCUCACUGCAGCCCACUGCAAAAAACAGAAGUACUCAGUGCGCCUGGGAGAUCACAGCCUGCAGAGUAGAGAUGAGCCAGAACAGGAGAUCCAGGUGGCUCAGUCUAUCCAGCAUCCUUGCUACAACAGUAGCAACCCAGAGGACCACAGUCACGACGUAAUGCUCAUUCGAAUGAGCCAUUCAGCAGACCUCGGGGACAAAGUAAAGGCCAUCAACCUGACCAAUCACUGUCCCAGAGUUGGCCAGAAGUGCACCAUAUCAGGCUGGGGCACUGUCACCAGUCCUCGAGAGAACUUUCCAGACACUCUCAACUGUGCACAAGUGGAAAUCUUUUCCCAGAACAAGUGUGAGAGAGCCUACCCGGGGAAGGUCAACGAAGGCAUGGUCUGUGCCGGCAGCAGCAACGGGGCUGACACUUGCCAGGGUGACUCAGGAGGUCCUCUGGUGUGCAACGGAAUGCUCCAGGGCAUCACAUCCUGGGGCUCAGACCCCUGUGGGAAACCUGAUAAACCUGGUGUCUACACCAACAUCUGCCGCUACACUGACUGGAUCACGAAGAUCAUGAACAACAGGGACUGA